AUGCCGAGUUCCAACAAUGCCAUCGACAAGCGCGACUUCGACGCAAAUCGCCCCCUCCUGCAAGAUACAGACGCGGACCCAGAACCUGGUAAUCGGAGCCCCGAUCUUGGUCCUGCGCGGUUUCGCGCCGGAUCGCGGAGUUCGGGCGAUGAUGGGAUCGGUCUGCGGAGUGAUGAUGGGCUUUUGAGUGAUGUUGUCGGCGAGAUUGUCGAAAGGGAUAGGAGAAUGAUGCAUGUUGAAGUUGUGAGGGUUGUGAGUUUUGCUUGGGGGGUUGUUACUUGUCUUGGAGCUGGCAGUAUUACUGCAUUCUCGUUGUACGGCCAUUUACUGCUUACGCGGUUACAUUACUCGCAGCUUCAGGUUAAUGCUGUUUCCAUCGCUGCUGAGAUUGCCAUGUAUUUGCCUGUUCCGCUGUUCGGGUACUUGUGUGACCGAUACAGUCCGUCGCCUCUAUCUCUGUUUUCUGGGGUUGUGUUCGGGUUUGGAUAUCUCCUCGCUGGGUACACAUACAAGAGCGGGCCGCCUGUUGAGGCUGGUGGGUCUGGGUGGCCGUUCUGGGUUAUGAUUGUAGCGUUUAUUGCCAUUGGUAUGGGGACUAGCUGCAUGUAUCUUGCUGCUGUUGCGACAUGUGCUAAGAACUUCGGUCGGGGGAAGCACAAGGGGAUCAUGCUUGCUGUUCCUAUUGCCGCGUUUGGUCUCAGUGGCAUGUGGCAGAGUCAGGUUGGAACGUACUUCUUCUAUGAGAAGCUUGAUGAUGGGACGCAUGGUGAUCUGGAUGUCUUCAGGUACUUUGUCUUCCUGGCGCUGUUGUUGCUUGGCAUUGGUAUUGUCGGUACCUUUGCUUUGCAGAUUGUCGAAGAGGAUGAUCGGUAUAUUGAUGAGACUGUCGAGGAACUGGAACGCAGUGGAUUGCUGGAGGAAAGUGAUUUCUUCCGGCCUCGGGGUGAGAUCAGAGCUGCAGUCGAAUAUGGCACGUUCUCCGAUGCCUUUGACGACGAGGAAUCACAAGCUUUGUCCGAUGAGGAGCGCGAGCAGAGACGACUGGAGAAGGAGCAUGAAGAAGAAGAGCGUCGGAAGAAGAACUGGUUGCUCAACUAUGAGACUAGAGUCUUCCUCAAAGACCAGACGAUGUGGUGGUUGGCUGCUGGCUUCUUCUUGGUUACCGGACCAGGAGAGUCAUACAUUAACAAUCUGGGCACAAUUAUCCCAACUCUCACACCACAAACUUACCCAGCCGGUGCCUCCCCACCAGCCGGCUCGCCCUCGACCCACGUCACAACAAUAGCCCUAACAUCAACAAUCGCCCGCCUCCUCACAGGCUCCCUAUCAGACUUCUUCGCACCACCGGCAACCCACCUCUUCCCUCCAAUCCCGGAAGAAGCCCGGCACAGACACUCAGCAUCCCCCUCUUCCACAAACGCUUUAACCCUCUCUCGAAUGACCUUCCUCCUCCCCUCAGCCUUCCUCCUCUCCCUAGGCUAUCUCCUCCUUGCCUCGCCACUCCCCCUCUCUCGCCCAGGUCUGUUUAACCUAACAACAGCCCUGGUUGGCUUCGGAUACGGCAGCGCCUUUUCCCUCGCACCAAUCAUCAUCUCCGUCGUGUGGGGCGUGGAGAACUUUGCCACGAACUGGGGUAUUGUUGCCAUGAUGCCUGCUGCUGGUGCGGCGCUUUGGGGCGUUGUCUAUUCGACUGCUUAUCAGGGUGCCGUUGAUCACGGUGCUGGCGGUGGUUUGCCAGACGGGCAGUGUCAUGGUUGGCGCUGUUAUGGCUUCUGGGCUGUUGGGUGCACAGUUAGUGUGUGGAUUGCUGUUGGGGCUUGGUUGUUUGCUUGGAGGGGAUGGAAGAGAAGAGGUGUUGUUGUUUAG